GCCAUGGCUGAGCACUCAUCCGACUACCCAUGACAUCAAAUUCUCCAACCUCGCCGUCAAAGCCAAUGCGCAAGCAUCUCAAGAAAAUUUCAAAAGCCAUAAUGAAGUCUCACCGAGUUCAACUUCCAAAGUACGACUUACCCGUUCGACUGCGACCGUGGUUCCUCGUGUUCACCUGCGUGAUAAUGGUGAUACUCGCCUUCUUAGGUUUCACGAACUAUUCCCGGGCCCUACCCCUGAACGACAAGUUCCUACACUUUACUUGUCUGUGUGUCGCGACGGGCGUGUUUUACUUUAUAUUCGAUGUGGAGGAAGAAGCUCGUAGAGUUUGGUUCUGGCGCCAUUCAGGGCUGAUAUUUACUGCUGUCGUAUGUUUCUUCUUUGGAGGGUUCGUGAGCGAGAUCGUGCAGUCCCUGCUUCCACAUAAGGAAUUUCAAUCUGGUGAUGUGGUGGCAAAUUGGCUAGGUUCCACCGUCGGACUCUAUCUAGCAUAUUAUAUCGAGAGAUAUUACCGUUCGCGGCGAGAGAUCGCACGCCUAUACCGUCCCUUAGAGACAGGCGAUAUUUCCGAUGCAGAAGACGAAGGAACGUCUGGAACACAACUCCUACCCUUGUACUCUCAUCCCUCAGCCCCAUCCAGGUCAAAGCCUGCUAAAGUCGCCCGUUUACAUGACGUCUGGGACGAAAGAGAAGAUUUGUUUGGUGUUGGUGAUGACAGUGACGAAGAGGAUGGUGCAGGCACACCACGACCGCAGCGCGAAAAUUCGCAACACGUUCCCCUUGCCCCUCCAAAGAUACUUAUUACGAGUUCAUGAACGCACGCGGAUUCUUAUGGCAUCAUGUACACCAUCAUUUAGCUCAGCAUGUAUUUGCAUAUACAUAAAUCUAAACAUCCGGAACAAAUACAAUCAUGUUGCACUCUUUUGAA